GCCGCCGCCGCCGCCUGCGGGUCUGAGAGGCUGGCUGAGGCGGCGCCGCUGCUGCCGGAAGCGCGAUGCCUUGAACCUGGGGUGAGCUCCGUAGCGCUGGUCUGUCGCCGCUUCCCCUGCGCUGCUCCACAGCCCUUGGACAGGGAGGAGAAACGCCGGCCAGGCCUCGACUGCCGCGCCGGGCUUCCGUGGGGAGACAAGCCCCGACCCGCCGCCGCCGUCUCUAGGCCUCGGCUUAGGGUGUGGAGCUGGCUUGGGAGGCCCUUCCGUGGUCGCACUGUCUCUAAGCCAGUGGUUUCCAGUGACAGAGCGUGGAAGUGGCUUGUCCCGUUUUGGGGGGGAGUGGUUCUGGGGGAUCAGGAGACAGCUUUUCCUCCUCGAGCGCGGAUCCGCUUUUGAAUGUUGCCGCCGGCGCAGUCAGUCGGCCCUCGGACGUAGCUGUUGGUGCAGAAACGAUGUGAAGCAACACUCUUUUUGGAUUUCAUAAGACAUCAUUUCAUCAUGGGACAGCAAAUUUCGGAUCAGACACAGCUGGUUCUUAACAAGUUACCAGAAAAAGUAGCAAAACAUGUCACAUUGGUUCGAGAAAGUGGCUCCUUAACUUAUGAAGAAUUUCUUGGAAGAGUAGCAGAACUUAAUGAUGUAACUGCUAAAGUGGCUUCUGGCCAGGAAAAACAUCUUCUCUUUGAGGUACAACCUGGGUCUGAUUCCUCUGCCUUUUGGAAAGUGGUUGUACGAGUAGUCUGUACCAAGAUUAACAAAAGCAGUGGCAUUGUGGAAGCAUCACGGAUCAUGAAUUUGUACCAGUUUAUUCAGCUUUAUAAAGACAUCACAAGUCAAGCAGCAGGAGUAUUGGCACAGAGCUCCACCUCUGAAGACCCUGAUGAAAACUCAUCAUCUGUAACAUCUUGUCAGGCUAGUCUUUGGAUGGGAAGGGUAAAGCAGCUGACUGACGAGGAGGAGUGUUGUAUCUGUAUGGAUGGUCGAGCUGACCUCAUCCUGCCUUGUGCUCACAGCUUUUGUCAGAAGUGCAUUGACAAGUGGAGUGAUCGACACAGGAAUUGCCCGAUUUGCCGCCUACAGAUGACUGGAGCAAAUGAAUCUUGGGUGGUGUCAGAUGCACCCACUGAAGAUGAUAUGGCUAACUAUAUUCUUAACAUGGCUGAUGAGGCAGGCCAGCCCCAUAGGCCAUGACCUUGGGGUGAAGUGUUCUGUUGCUAAUGUGGGCUACAAACACUUUGGUCAUGGCGGAAGAAUGCAGGUAUGUUGUAGGACAGACACAGAGAAGUCAAUUUUCCCCACCCUCUUAUUUUCGCUAUUCUGACAAUUUGUCCAUUUCCUUUGAUAAACUUUCCAUGUCUUCCAUUUAUGAUAAACUAAAACUUGCUACUGUUUUAGACCAUAUUUUCCUAUUGUUUAUCUGUUCUAAUAUAUAUUAGGACUAAUUGCUCUUGAAUCCUUUGCUGAGGUAACAGCAACAUUUCCAGGGGCUUCAGAAAUACUAUUAUUUUUCAGGGCAAGAGUAUUCUGGAAUCUAUUUAGUUAGGUUUAAAAUAAACCUUGAAUGUUAAAAAGCUGUAGCCAUCUGAGAGAAAAUCUUAAAUGACUGAAAAUGUAGAAUACAUCAAAGUGCAUGUUACUACUUAAAUUAGUCUUACUGCUGGAAUCUAAGGAGUAUGUAUGCCCCCUUGUGGUUAGCUAUUGCUCCUUUUAUAGUUUUUACUUGAAAUAAUCCACAAUUAUUUCAUAGCUUUAAGUGUUUUGGAACUACAUGUUUUUCACUUAAAAGUCUUCUCCCCCCUCCCCCAUGCUGUAUAAUUUGGAUUAGGACUAUAAACUUGGGCAGGACUUUGCCUUGUAAAUGGAUUUCUGCUGGAGAAUCUUCUUGGCUAUUCUGGAAAUGCUUUCCCACAGCUGGGAAACUGUUCUAAAUAGCUUUUGAUAAUACGUAUGCAUCUUACCGUUUCAGAUGGAAAUUUUUCUUCAUCACAAACCCUAAAUUUUAUGUCCAAAUUAUGAUAAAUCAUUCAAUAUUGGUUUAUGGUGCUUUUAUUUUCUUAAUUUGAAAGCAUCUUUCUGAGGUCCCAAAGUCUUCAAAUUUCUUAGAUUAAGAGAGAAGAAAAUGGGGUGUAGCCUUUUAACCAUAUGUACAUAAAACACCUCUGAAAGUUAGGAGAUUGACUUUCUUACUGUUUCACUGCAUUUUAUUUGAAAUACCCUGAAAGAGUAUAAUUAUGUUCAGUGGCAUUUGAACAAUUUUUUUAAAAUUUUGCUUAUAAAGUAAAAUUUUUAUUUUAUGCAAACACUAACAUUUCAGCAUAUAAUAAACUAGGGCCUGAUGUCUUUAAAAAGUAUUUUAACAUUCCAUGUAACUUUUCUGAUUUAUUAUUGGUAAAUUGCAAAUGUUACUAUUUUCUAAAGUACCAAAGUAUACAAUUUAAGUUGCUGCUUAUUGACAGAAUUUUUGGAUACUAGGGACUUUAAUAGGCAUGCAAAUUAAGUAAUUCAUUUUUAGGAAAAAUGUCUGGCAAAAGGUAGCUUGAUUUUACCCCCAAAAUACUGAUAACUAAUUGGUUGACAUUCAUGCUGGGGGCAGCUCAGUACCAAAUAGCUAAACACUUGCUAUGGAUGCUUAUGCAAGUAGAGUACUGGGGACUGUAGCCUAUCAACCUGGCAGUGCACUUGAUGGCUAUGUGACCUAGAGAAAGCCCCUUCCUCUGGUUUGUAGGUUCUUACUUUAGAAACAGACUUUAUCUGUGGUUUUCACACUUUAUUUCAGCAAUAGAACUUUUUUUUUUCAAGUAAAAAUCUUACUCAGAACCCUUACACACACGUGCUGCACAUGCAUGAACACACACACACCCUACCCCACUAAAUGUCAUUUUAUCAUUAUAAAUUUCCUUAUAUAAACUUUAUAUACCAUAAUAACUAAAUAUUUAUGAAGUCAACCAAUGAAAACAUGUAUUAAUGCACUGGUGAUUACCAGUAUAUUGGAAUUUGAUGAGUAAUACAGUUGUAUGAUGGGACUUGUUUUUAAAAUUUUUUUUCAAAACAAAUAAUUCAAGUCAAAAUCCAGAACUCUGAAUCUCCUCCAUGGAUUCUUAGCACUCCAUGGGACCUAUUUUGAAAACCUUGAGACAGAGAAUCCUCUGAGGUGUUUUCCAGCUCUAAGAUUUUAAAUUGUCUUUAUGGAUUAGAUUUUCUGAGUCUCAUUCAGCUUGCCCAAUUUAAGAAUGUUUCUGAAAAUGAACAAAGUGGCUUUACUGAUUUUUGGAUCUUUCGAGGUAUAGCCAAUGAUUUUAUCCCCCAGAAUCCUUCACCUUUCAAGGAAUUAUUUAACAGUGAGCCCAGUGACUUGAUAUUGCCCAAACCUUUUAUUUUCCAAUAUGAGCUCCAAGACACUAACUGAUCUACUGUGAAAUUAAAUGUUUUUACUAGCCUUAUCAAAUAAAGGAGCACAGUUUUUUGCUCACUCCAUUAAACUGGGUGAUAAUUCUUUAGAUGUGAAUGUUAGGUAGGUAGGUUCUACUGUAAUAGCUAACCGUAGAAGUUAUAAAUUUGUUUAAUGGAUGAAAUGUAUACUUUUUGUAUUCUGUACAGCUUGUCUUUUUUAAAUAUGAAGUACUUAAACGCACUUACUAUGAUAGGAAAUAUGUGUGCCUUCUAGGAUUUAUGAAGUGGUUUCAUGAACUCUUAAGAAAUUUGUUUUAUAAGUUAUAAAGUUUCCCUAUCUUAACCCAAUAACAAAGGGUUUACUCAUAAUACUGUAGAACUUUAGUUUGAGAAAGUGGAUUUGACUAUGUACUGAAGUUAGAAGUUGAAAAUAAUAGUAUCUGUUUUAUUCUUAGGGCAAACUGACAUAUUGUGCAAUAAAUAAUCUUUAGCAAGUAAAUUUUAGCUAAUUGAAGAGAUUUUUUUUUUCUUAUCAUGUAGUUUCACAUUCUUAUAUACUGUGUUUAUAUUCCUUAGAGGACUAUUUUGUAUUGUGCUCUAGGGGAUUGUAAUGUUUUUGUGCUGUGUUUUAAAACUCAUUUCAAACUUCCCUCUUAGAACUGCUUUUGCUGCAUCCCAUAGGUUUUGGGUCAUAGUGUUUUCAUUGUCAUUUGUUUCUAUGUAUUUUUUAAUUUCUUCUUUGAUUUCUUCAGUGAUCUCUUGGUUAUGUAGUAGUGCACUGUUUAGCAUCCAUAUAUUUGUGUUUUUUACAGUUUUUUUUUUUCCUGUAAUUGAUUUCCUUCCAAUCUCAUCGCAUUUUGGUCAGAAAAGAUGCUGGAUACGAUUUCAAUUUUCUUAAAUUUUCCGAGGCUUGAUUUGUGGCCCAAGGUGUGAUCUACCCUGGAGAAUGUUCCAUGUGCACUUAAGAAAGUGUAUUCUGCCACUUGCAGGUGGAAUGUCCUAUAAAUAUCAAUUAAAUCUAU